UUUCUAUAAUAAUUUGUUUACAAUUUGCCGGCAGUCAUGGCGCUGUUACAUAAAAAGCAGUCUGAAAUACCAGAAGAUGCUGUUAAAUUAAGUGAAGCUGAUGCUUUAAUUUAUAUUACGAAAAUUAUCGAAGGAUGGCCCGAACAAGGACAAAUAUGGCCAAUAACAUAUGCGCCAGGUAUGCUGGGCGCAUCCACUGUCGUAUCCAGCAUAUUCAUUAACAAUCAUUUUCGGAAUCGUUUGAAACUGGGCACGUAUGGUCGACUUUCCAGCUAUAUUCCUGCCGUGGUCCUUCCAGCAAUCAUGAGCACAUUCUUUCACAAAGGUUUUAUUGUCCCUGAUGUCAUUCUGCAGAAAAACGAAUGCCCCGUUUGCAUCCAGACCCGAGCAGGAUUCUAUCAGGCGGCAUUCAGCACUGCUUAUCCUAUGAUUCUGGCCCCUUUGUCUUCCUUCAUGUUUGCCACCCGCCAUUUCACCUAUCGGAUGCCUUCGAUCACGGAAAAUCCUAGAGAUGUCUUGAGGCUAUAUAAAAAACUGAGCUCUCCGAUAACUCUAGCUGUGGUUGGAUUUUUUGCUUUUAACAUGAUGCUAUCAAUGUUUCUCACUGGUAAAGAGUACGAAACUGUUUAUAAGAUCAAUUUGAAACUGAAUGAAGAAGUGGGUUUUGAGGAGAUGGAAAGUGCCAGUAUAAACAGUCGUUGAAACUUAGAUAAAAACUUUUGAACAUUA